AUGAUCACCAGCAAGCGAAUAUUGAAGGUGUCUUUUAUACACUGGCCCCCCUAUUUAUCGGUGGGAUCAAGGAAUGGAAAACUAGCAAUUGCGGGUCCAAUGGGCAUGGUGGUGGACGCAAUUACGGAGAGCCUCAACAUGACGUACGAAGCCAAGCUCCCUGCGGAUGGCCAAAUGGGCAUCCGUCUUCCCAACGGAUCCUGGACGGGAGCUGUGGGAAAUGUUCAACGCCGGGAGGUUGACAUGACCAUGGCACCCAUGAUCCAGUCGUACAGUCGGAUGCAAGUGGGUCACUACGGACCGCCCAUCAUGUACGUGCAGUUUGGCAUUCUGUCUGGAUCUGGAGUGGGCACAUCCAACGUCUUCGGCUACAUUCUCACGUUUGACUGGAAGGUCUGGGCCCUCAUCCUAAGCGCUAUUCCCAUUCUGGCGCUGCUGAUGGCCCUUUCCAAUUGGGUGCGCUCGAAAAUGACACCGAAACAGCUGGCUCAUGAGAUGCACGACAACGGUUGGGAGCUCUUCAGAAAUCUUCUUUAUGAGAGUUCCCCGAAGGACCGUAGCCAGAUGUCCAGCCGCAUUGUACUGACCACCUGGUUUAUGGCGGUGCUGGUGAUCGCCAACUCCUUUGCCGGUCACCUCAAGUCCAGCAUGGCCAUCAAGAACGAGCCGGCCCAAGUGGACAGUGUUCGCGAUGUCGCAUAUUCGAAGGGACGACUCAGACCCAUCGUCUGGAAGGGAUCCCACUAUGAGGCCUUCCUCUCGACGUCGAGGUCUCCCGAGCUGAGCCGGGUUUGGCAGAUGGUAUCGCAGAGGAACGGAUCCCAGUUCGGCAAAGAUAUGUUCCGCGAUGAGCACAUGAUCCAGGUGCUCCGACGGCAGGCCGUCCUUAUGGUGGACCACAACUCCCUCCAGUGGCGCAUGGCGGCUUUCUGCAGCCGCAACCAUGUGCAGGGAUUCCACUUCGCCCGGGAGCACAUCGACGAGAACCCACUCUCCUUUCUCAUCUCCAGGGCCAUGCCGAGGGCCCUCCAUCGCAAAAUAUACGUCAGAAUCACUUGGUUGUACGAGAGCGGUCUGGUGAACAAAUGGAUGACGGACAGCCUCGGCGACUGGCAGCGCUGCGUGCGGCAAGGGGGCGGCCAUUCCGCCAAUGACCUAACCCUCAAGGACACACAGGCCAGCUUCGUGCUCUGGGCCAUGGUCUUGGGACUCGCCAUUGUCGCCUUCGUUGCCGAGAUGCUGGUCGGCUCAAGCAGCGCCAAACAUCCUCCCGUAGCCCGACCGCUACCACAGAAGCUGCACCGUCGAAGAAUGGGGAUGACUCAUCUACGGACUUCUUAUGGCAUCCUCAAACGCCAUUAG